GGGACUAGAAAAGCUAUGUCGAUUGUUGUGGAUGUCACUAGAGUAUCGGAUAUGAAUGCGGUUCAGUAUGGUGAUAUAGAAACACUCUACAAGUUGAUAGCAGAAGAUCCAAACAUUCUAGGACAUUUAGAUAAAGUGCCUUUUUGUGAGACGCCGCUACAUAUUGCAACUAAAAAGGGGCAAACUCAUUUUGCCAUGGAAUUAAUGACUCUUAAACCAUCGCUUGCUUCCAAACUAAACGCGUCAGGUUUUAGUCCAAUGCAUUUAGCCCUGCAUAACAACCACGUUCGAAUGGUGAGAGGGUUUGUGGCAAUCGACAGCAGCUUAGUCAGCAUCAAGGAAAGAGGAAGGAUUACUCCUUUACAUCAUGUGGCUGGAAUAGGCGAUGCAGAGUUGUUGAGCGAGUUCUUGUUGACUUCUGUGCAGAUUGCCGUGAAGAACCACCAGCUUAUGGCAUUUAAGGUUUUAUUGGGAUGGGUCAAGAGAGUUAAUAAGAAGGAAAUCUUGGACUGGAAAGAUGAAGAUGGUAACACAGUCUUCCAUAUUGCUGCAUCGAUAAAUCAUACUGAGUUUCUCCUAUCCUCUAAAAAAUCUUGUUUAGACAUUGCUAUUAGAUUCUUCAUUUUAAAAUUAUUAUGGUUGCUACAUAAAACUGCUAAAAAUAAAGCCAAGAACUUGGAUGGCAAAACCGCUAUGGACAGACUUCGAACUCACCAGUCUCCUUGUUUCCCAAAAGCAAGAAAAUUUUUCCACAAUGUUAGAGAAAGACUACCUUGUUGUUCCACUAUGACUCUUGCAGGAUAUUUGAGCAAAAAUCUAUCCUUUAUUGAGAAUCGUAACAAUCUAUUGGGGCUAAGCAAUUUAUGCAUGAUAGGCGACAUGUCUAUAAACAGUAGCAACCUUCGAGAUGCAAUACUCGUGGUGGCUAUACUGAUAGUAACAGCUACAUACCAGGCUGGUCUCAGUCCUCCCGGCAGAUUUUGGCAAGAUGAUGCCAAUGAUCAUUAUGCUGGAAAGAUGACUAUGAGCUUCUCCGAUGCCUUAUUUUUUGUUGUCCCCAAUGCGGUUGCCUUCCUAUCAUCUCUAUAUGUGAUCAUAGUCCUCAUAAUUGGACUCCCCAUGUGGAAUGGCGGCUUAGAGUAUCGCUAUAUUUGCAUCAUACAGCACUAUAUUACCGAAUCAACAGGGCAUUUACGGAUUUACAUAACCAUGCUGUUUGCGACUUUCAUGGCAUUCAUUGUUGAUAAACGCCGCCGGUACCAAGUGGACUUCCCGGCAAGCUGUUUCAACUCAUCUGGUGGAGAGCACCAUCUCUAUCUUUUAUUGUUUAUUGGGUUGUGUGUUAUCGUUGUUGUUAGAGUGACGGGACAGUUGAUUCUGAUAUUGAAUUAA